AUGGAUAAACAUCCCGACAAAGUGGUGCUCUCACAGGUUGGCUCGUUCUAUGAGUUAUAUUUCGACCAGGCAGUGGAGUACGCACCACCGAUGGGACUCCGGGUAGCUCUCAAGCGAGCAGGAAAGGGCAAGGUGCAUAUGGCGGGGUUCCCGCUCAACAGUCUACCGAAAUAUGUGGAGAUAUUAGUCGGGGAGAUGCAUAAAUCAGUGGUAAUCGUGGACCAGGUGGAGCGGCCAUAUACCGAAGCGGCCAAUGAAAUGAAGUUUGACCGGCGGGUGAGUCGCAUCAUCUCGCCGGGCACACUCCUCGACGAGACACUCCGCGACUUCCAGGAGAACAACCACAUUCUCCUCAUCAACUUUACGAAACACGACUUCCACUCUUCCGCAGGCGCUUAUGAGGUCAAGGUGGGGCUCGCAUGGGCCGAUUUGGGGCUUGGCACCUUCCAUUCCCAGGAAACCAGCAUGAAAAAGCUCCUCGCAGACGUAACACGGAUCGCGCCAAAAGAAAUUGUGAUUGACGAGCGGUUUGAACGCGACAUAGCGACAAGCACGCGUGACGAGAUCCAAGAGUUACAACGCUACUACACUACCUAUACCAAGCUCUCAGGCGGUGAGGUAGUUCUCCACUACGACAACUUUGCCGCCAGCCGCCGUGAGUUGGCAAAUCACUUCCAAGCGCUUGCCCGCACGGAGUGCGUCGCGGUGGCGUACCUCGCGGCGCACUUGGCAAACAUUCUCCCCCACACACGGCUCAACUUUGAGCUUCCAACGCACGAGGUGUCGGACGACACAGUGCAGAUCGACGCGCGCACGAGCGAGACGUUGGAGCUCGUCAGCAGUAUCCGCACGCGCAGCGCUGUGGGGUCGUUGUUCUCCUGCAUCCGCCGCACCGUGACCCAAUCCGGCACACGCAUGCUCAAGGCAUGGAUGUUGGCCCCGUCCACGCAAUUGGACGAGAUCAGGUACCGGCAGAAGCUUGUAGCGGUAUUCGAGGCGUGCGAGUUCCUGCGGAUCCGAAUUACCGGUCACUUAGCACAAACACACGAUCUCUCGCGCAUCGUCCAGAGCGUGUCGCUCGACCGCUCCAGUCCGAUCGACUUGGUCUACCUCGCACAUACGCUCCAGUACGCGGCGCACAUCCGGGACCUUCUCGCUGCGUGCACGACCGUAAAACACGGGGAUGCCAUCAUCCCGCUCUUACAGAAACUCCAGGUCCCGGAAGAGCUUGCAGAAGACAUUUUGAACACCGUUGAUGAAUACGCGUUGGUCCAGCGGAUCAACGAGGAAAGGGGUGAGCCUGACAUCGAAGCCCCCGAAGAGGAGAUAGAACAAAAUGAGAUGCGGCAGUGGAUCAUCCGCCCAGAACACUCUCACGCCUUGACACAAGCCCACGCCCGUCUCGCGGCAUUGUCACAAACGAAGCAGGACCUAGAGACCGAAUUGCGGGCCAGCUUCAAUAGCGUGGUAUUCAAAUGCAUGCCCCGCUACGGUCACUUUGUCGCGUUGCGCGGCACCAGGGGCCAGAUCGCGGCACUUGAGGACUCCCUUGCGGCGUACGACCAUUCCGUGGUGCGCGCGGUGCUGGGAAACACGGUCUGGGUGCGUCUCACCCCUGCGGUAGAGAUCGAGGAGAAUAUUUUGCGACACGUUGCCGAGAUCGAAGAGCUCGAAAAAGAGGUGCUCCGUCAGUUGCGCUCCGUCAUCGAGGAAAAGAUCCCCGAGCUCAGAAAUCUCCACCAUGUGCUCGACUACAUUGAUGUCACAACCUCCUUCGCCGUCUUGGCACACGAAAAACACCUCACGCGUCCAAAGAUGACUGCUACUCGGCAGUUGGACAUUGUCGGGGGUAGACAUUUGGUCGUGGAGGAGGGUCUUCAGACCCAGCUCAAAGAGUUUACCGGAAACGACUGCACCCUCUCGCCCAAGGACCACUUGUGGGUGAUCUCGGGGCCCAACAUGGGUGGAAAGACCACGUUUCUCAGGCAAAACGCGAUCAUCGUGCUCUUGGCCCAAAUGGGCUCAUACGUCCCAGCGACCCGUGCCACCAUUGGCAUCGUGGACAAGAUCUUUACGCGCGUGGGUUCGGGGGACGAUUUGUUCCGCGAAAUGAGCACGUUCAUGGUGGAAAUGGUCGAGACCAGUAUGAUCUUGAACGGCGCCACCAAGCAUUCCUUGGCCAUCAUGGACGAAGUUGGCAGGGGCACGAGCGGAAAGGAAGGAUUGGCCAUUGCCUUUGCCACCAUGGUCCACCUCCAGGAGAAAAACAAGUGUCGCACGUUGUUUGCCACGCACUUUGCCAAAGAGCUCAGCGACCUUCUUGCCCAGAGAGGCCUGGCGAAGGGAGUUUCCUUCUACAAAACAGAGGUGACGGAGCUCCAGCCAAAGCGCGGACCGUCCCACUUGUUGAGCUUUGACCACAAGUUACGCAAAGGCGUUUCUGAAAACUCGUACGCCAUAAACGUAGCUGCGUCCGCCGGGUUUCCCAAGUUUGGGCUCAAAGUAGCUGAAGAGGCCCUCCAUGGAUUCAAGGCCCGCGGGGUUCUCUAG